CAGACCACGUCCAAAAUUUUGUUAGUUACUUUUAUCUUAUCUGGGUUGGAACAUAUUACCUUAUUACUUACUUAUUAUUACUAACUUAAUGAAUUUGUAUGCCCAUAGCGGCACGACAUGUUAUGCACCCAUAAAAUCAUAACAUCUUACUUACACAUGUUGUUCAAAUAAAUAUUUUCUUUCUUUCUUUCUUUUAUUUGUAAAAUAAGUAAUUCAUAUAAAUGUAAGUACUACUUCGAUUUUCUACAGGAUAAAUAAAUCAAAAACCUUUGACAUUUGUGAGUGAGUUGCUAUCACAAAAUAGAAAUAUCCCAAUCACGAAUGAACGAUCUUGGAGGAGAAUUCUUCAAUCCUCGUGUUCAUUUGCGUGUGUAGCUGAAUUUUGAUUAUCGAGUUUCUUCGAUUUUUUGUAGUUCGCCCAAAUAGAGAUCUGCGUCUAUCGCAAUAUGGCCGUCCUCUAAUGAUUCGGUGGUCAGUGAUAUUAUUGUGAUUUCAUCUUCUACAAAAUAGCAAAAUGGAGCUGCGUGUCGGUAAUAAAUACCGACUUGGCCGUAAAAUAGGCUCGGGAUCCUUUGGAGAUAUUUAUCUGGGUACUAAUAUUGUAACCAGAGAGGAGGUAGCUAUUAAAUUAGAAUGUAUAAAAACGAGACACCCACAGUUACACAUAGAGAGUAAAUUUUACAAAGUUAUGCAAGGAGGUGUUGGUAUUCCUGAAAUAAAAUGGUGUGGAUCAGAGGGAGACUACAAUGUGAUGGUAAUGGAGCUGCUUGGCCCUUCAUUGGAAGAUCUUUUUAACUUCUGUUCACGACGUUUCUCUCUUAAAACAGUGCUGCUUCUUGCGGACCAACUCAUUACUAGAAUUCAGGAUAUACAUUACAGAAGCUUUAUCCAUAGAGAUAUCAAACCGGAUAACUUUCUUAUGGGAUUAGGUAAAAAAGGCAAUUUAGUAUAUAUUAUAGAUUUUGGUUUAGCAAAGAAGUACAAAGACCCACGGACAUUGCAACAUAUUUCAUACAAAGAAAACAAAAAUUUAACUGGUACAGCGAGAUAUGCUUCAGUGAAUACUCAUUUAGGCAUUGAACAAUCUCGUCGAGAUGAUUUGGAGUCUUUGGGCUAUGUUUUAAUGUACUUCAAUCGUGGCAGUCUCCCUUGGCAGGGUCUUAAAGCAGUAACUAAGCGCCAAAAAUAUGAGAGAAUAUCUGAAAAGAAACUAUCGACACCAUUUGAUGAACUUUGUAAAAACCAUCCAAUUGAGUUCCAGCGAUACUUAAAGUAUUGCCGGCGUCUACGCUUCGAGGAGCGUCCAGACUACGCGCAUUUGCGCCAACUGUUCCGUUCCCUCUUCCACAGACAAGGAUUUACUUAUGACUACGUGUUUGAUUGGAACAUGCUUAAAUUUGGUGGACAACGUGGCAAUUAUCAAUCUGGUGGCAGUGACCGCACACUCAGACACCAUGAACAACCUCAGGAACAGGAAAAUACGGGCGGAGCGGGCGCGGGCGUGGGCGUGAGCGCAGGGGUGGGGGCGGGCGCGGGGGUGGCGGGUGGUGCGGGCGGGGCGGGGGGCGCGAGCGGGGCGGGCGCGGCGCUCGCGGCGCUCACCGAGUGGCGGUGAGGCAGCCGCUGACGCUCGCCUAACGCUCGUGUAUUGUAAAUUAUUGCAGAGGUCGCUGCCCACUGUACAUACCGCGCCUGCCGUUCUGUAACGACGCCGCGCGCGAACCAAACUCAACGGCGUCCCGCGCAAUUUGUAUCGGGCGCGAAAAGCGAUACGUUCCACUGUGAC